AUGAGGAGGAAGAGGAGGAGGAGGAGGAGGAGGAGGGCAGGCUGCACAGAAAGACAUGAAGCCAGCGCCGCCUCUUCAUACGGGAUAUCAGCCGACCGGCUGCUGCUGACGGUCCCUAAGACGAGUCUGAAGCUCGGAGCGAGCCAGAGCCUUGGUAUUCGCCAAUCAGGAACAGAGGGGGGCGUGUUGGAUCGAGGGGGUAGUCUGGGGGAGCAGUCGCCUCGUCAUCCUCCUCUCCCCACCGCCGGAGGUGCGGCGUUUGGCCCGUCGCGCGGAGCCUUCGUCCAGCGGCGUUGGCGCGUCGCGGGGCGGUGUCCGGCGCUGCGCGGAAGGCGGACCGGUGGGGGGGAUCGGACGGAGGCCAUCCACCCAGACUGCGCUCUGGUGGCGCAGCACAUGAAGGCGGAGGAAGACUGCAACCAGAUCCUCCAGCUUGACACCAACCGCUCUGCCAGGACUGGAUGUCCGACGGCGUGGGACAACAUUUGGUGCUGGUACCGAGCCGAGGUGGGACAGGUGGUCAGCGUCUCGUGUGCCAACGUCUCCCUGUUCUUUGCAAACAACCACGGUUACAUUUACAGGAACUGCACGGAGGACGGCUGGUCGGAUCUCUACCCAUCCUACGAGGAGGCCUGCGUGAUUCUGGAAGACGAAGAGCCAGAAUCAGAGACGAUAUACUUCUCCAACUUGAAGCAGGUGUACACGGCCGGCUACGCCACCUCCCUCAUCUCGCUUAUAUCUGCUAUUUUUGUCUUCACCGUCUUCAGGAAGUUUCACUGCACCAGAAACUACAUCCACAUGAACCUCUUCUUCUCCUUCAUCCUGAGAGCGAGCGCGGUCUUCAUCAAGGACGGUGUUCUUUUCUCCGAUGAAAACCUGGACCACUGCUUCAUGUCCACGACUUCUUGUAAAUCAGCCGUGGCCUUCUUCCAGUUCAGCAUCCUGGCCAACUAUUUCUGGCUGCUGGUGGAGGGGAUGUACCUGCAGACGCUGCUCGCACUCACCUUCGUCUUCCAGAAGAAGUACUUCUGGUGGUACAUACUCAUCGGCUGGGGUCUCCCGGCGACCAUCAUAACAGCCUGGAUCCUCACCAGAAACUUCUACGACGACCGAGGGUGCUGGGAUGACACAGAUGUGGCCUUCAUCUGGUGGAUCAUAAAAGCUCCAAUAACUGUAUCGCUGCUGGUGAACUUCAUCAUCUUCAUCAACGUGAUCCGUAUCCUGGUCCAGAAGCUGAGGUCUCCUGGAGUCGGAGGAAACGAUACCAGUCACUUCAAGCGGCUGGCCAAGUCCACGCUGCUGCUCAUCCCUCUGUUCGGGAUGCACUACAUGGUGUUCGCCCUCCUGCCAGAGAACACGGGAACAGACGCCCGCAUCUUCAUCGAGCUCGGCUUGGGAUCCUUCCAGGGAUUCGGAGUGGCGCUGCUGUACUGUUUCCUGAACGGAGAGGUGCAGGCCGAGCUGAAGAAGCGCUUCUGGAAGUGGCAGACUCAGAGCUACCUCAGCUACAGCAAGCGGCGGCGGACGCUGUUCAACGAGAGCAGCACCGUCACGCAGAUAUCCGUGCUGGACAAGUCCAGCCCGAGGGAGCGGCUGGACCCGGAGGCCCCGGCGCCCCCGCCCACGCCCAGCAGCAUGUCGGCCGUCUGAGAGCUCGGCAGAGCGCUGAGAGACCUCUAAACCUGCAGACUCCAACCACAACGCCUGAUUGUUGAAUGUCCAAGGAUCUUAUCUUCCUACAGUUUUCUUGCCAAACAAAUAUGAGACCUCUCGAUUUAGAAAACAGUCGACGACAUCCUGCUCAUCCGACUCCUGAAAGUUUCUCAGCGCGAUGGCAGAGAUCACAGUGUUUACUUGAAGACGGGAGCAUCCUGUCAGGGCUUCUCCUCCACAUCGUACAACCACCAACCUGCUUCAAGAAUCAUAUUUAUACAUGCAUAUAUAUAUGAAAACAAACUUAUAUACCAAAACACGUAAAUCCUACACUGUAUUUUACUAUAGGAAAUAUUUAAUCGGUUCUCUUUUGUAGUAAAAUUAUGUAUUUGUGUAAGGCAUCAAUAAGAUAUCUAGUUUUCUUAUCGUGGUCUCCACCAAGCAGAUGUUUAAGCGUAAGAGGAGACUUUUUUCUGAGAAGCUGUGGGAUCACUCAAAAACAAAAAUGCCUGGUCCGGCUCUGUCACCUUUAAACCUCAAAAUAAAUACAGUAUUUUCUGGACUAUAAGCUGCUACUUUUUUCAUAGGUUUUCAACCAUGCGGCUUAUACAAAGGUGCAGCUAUUCUGUGGAUUUUUCUUCCACCACUAGGGGGCGCUCUAACCGGAAUUAGAAUCAAAACUAAGACAAAAUAAAUGCAAAGAAGAAUAUGCUACUUCUUCUUUAGCAGAUAGAAGUAGGUAGAAGCAGAUUUCAAACAGAUAAAUAGAUAAAUAAAUAGCGGUUAUUUUCUCUUGGUUCUGUCCCGUUUUAAUCAGCAAAGUUGCUGCCGUGUUAAAAGACACUGUUAGGAAAGGAUCUAUUUAGGUAGAAACAUGUACAUCAUUUACAGUUCAAAAUCCUUCUGUACAUGUAAUAAAUAUCUAAUCUGACAACAUAAAUAUCUGCGGCUUGCAUAUCUUUUUUUUUUUUUAAAUAGAGCGGAUGCGGCUUAUAUGCAGGUGCGGCUUAUAGUCCAGAAAAUACGGUACUUAUAAACGGCGAUUCAUGAAUCCCUUCAGAACUAUAGGAGGUUGGAGAAAGGGACG